UGAUGUGGGAUACUCCGGUUCGUGGUUGGUUGCGUGUUGUUUUCUGUCGUCGCUUGUCUGAAGUCAAAAGUCAAGUGGCCCUGUCUGUCAGUUAAUUUGUUAUAGUUAUGCUAAUGCAAAGAAAUCCUUGAAGAGAAAUUCUAAAAAUGGCCAACGCUGAGUUAGCAGCGCUGGUGGUAGCCAAGCUGUCUCCUGGUCCUGGAGAACAUGUCGCUGUUGCCCAUGAAGCAAGUUUGAUGCAGGGUUGGGUAAGAACGUCUCGCAUUUUGGCUUUAUUAGAGAAGGACACUAACUACGCUCUGAUCGUGUUCCUGUCCUCCCAGACUCCACCGAUCGCCUACUCUGAACUCACCAUUGAACGAGUUCUGCCCAUCAACUCUGACUUCAAAUGUGAUAUAGACACAGAAAGUAGACAUCAAGAUGGAACAGAUGUAUACAUCACUUCUCGGAAGCUCAAACUGCUCUUUGAAAUGGUUCCUGGAAAUAAAACCAGCAAUUUCGUCAGUGAAGUUCUACGUGCAAUUGAUUUGUUAGGCAAGAAAAGGAAUGGAUCUCAAGAUUUCUCGUGGCUCAACAAGUACAACCCUGUUUCAACUGGGGCUGAUGAUAAUGCUGAAGACACUAAGGAUCCGUUACUGUUGGACAGUCCUGAGAUGGCCGUGCCGAGACAGAGUAUCGCCAAAGGUCACACACCGAUUGCAGCCAGAGAGAGUGUCAUCAGAUACCAGAUGGCGAUGAAGGAAGACGACUACACGUACACACAGACACUCAGGGUGUUUGUAGGGACGUGGAAUGUUAACGGACAGCCUCCCAUGAGUGUGUCACUACAGCCGUGGCUCGCCUGUGACUCAGAGCCUCCGGACAUUUACGCUGUCGGCUUCCAGGAGCUGGACCUGAGCAAAGAGGCGUUCCUGUUCCAUGACUCCCCCAGGGAAGAGGAGUGGAGGCAGGUGGUGAUAGCAGGGCUACAUCCCAAGGCAGAGUACCAACAAGUAGCUCUCGUGAGGUUGGUAGGCAUGAUGCUGCUGGUGUUUGUACAGAAACACCACUACAACUACAUACGCAAUGCAGCUUUUGAAACUGUCGGCACUGGGAUAAUGGGCAAAAUGGGCAACAAGGGUGGAGUCAGUGUUAGGUUUGAGCUUCACAACACGUCCCUGUGUUUUGUCAACUCCCAUCUUGCGGCUCAUGUUGAGGAGUUUGAGAGACGGAAUCAGGACUUUCACGAUAUCUGCUCCCGCACCAGCUUCUCCACGUUCCUGCCACCGAAAGGCAUCAAGGAUCACGACCAGGUGUAUUGGCUGGGCGACUUGAACUACAGGAUAACAGAGUUGGAGCCUAACAUAGUGAAGAAGUAUAUAGAGCAGCAGAACUACCGACCAGUGUUGGAGUACGACCAGUUACGGCGACAACAUCGGGAGAAGGCGGUGUUUGUUGGAUACACGGAGGGAGACAUUGCCUUCAGACCUACGUACAAGUAUGACCCCGGCAGUGACGACUGGGACUCUAGUGAGAAGAAUCGAGCGCCAGCAUGGUGUGAUCGAGUGCUAUGGAAGGGGGAAGGAAUCAGACAGAUUGAGUACCGCAGUCAUCCAGUGUUAAGGAUAAGUGACCAUAAACCUGUCAGUGCAGUCUUCUCAUCAGAUGUGAGGGUGAUUGAUGCUGUCAAGUUUCGCAAGAUCCACGAGGACGUCAUGAAGAAGUUGGACAAACUGGAGAACGAGUUUCUACCUCAAGUCAUGGUCGACAACACGGAGAUCAUAUUUGACACUUUGCGAUUCCUCGAGGCACAGACUAGGGAGCUCAUCAUUGCCAACACAGGCCAGGUUCCAGUACAGUUUGAGUUUAUCAAGAAGCUAGAUGACUCAAAUUAUUGCAAAGAGUGGCUCAAUAUCGAACCUAACUCCGGAUUCAUCAUGCCAGGAGAGAAAUGUGACAUAAGACUGGAAGUUUAUGUAGACAAGAAGUCGGCCUGCAAAAUGAACUCGGGACAAGAUCAGCUGUACGACAUUCUGGUACUGCACCUAGAGGGGGGGAAGGAUAUCUUCAUAACUGUCACUGGAACCUAUGAAAGAAGCUGUUUCGGAUCCUCCAUCGAAGCGCUGGUGCACAUGAAUGUUCCAGUUCGGGAGAUUCCUGCUGGAAAAAUCAUUGAGUUGGAGAACAAUAAGGGUGAAGGCCUGAGUGGGUCGCCUCCGUACAUGGUGCCUAAGGAGAUCUGGUAUCUGGUAGACCAUUUGUAUCGGCACGCCUUGAAGACGCAGCACCUGUUUGAAAACCCGGGGCUUCACAGCGAGCUGAUACAGAUCAGAAAUUGGCUUGAUGUGAGCCCAAACGAUCCGUUACCUGGAAGUGUACACUCUGUCGCAGAGGCUCUAUUGUUGCUGUUAGAGUCAACGGCAGAACCCAUCAUUCCGUAUAACUUACAAAAUGGCUGCUUGGGCGCAUCAUCCAACUACCUCGCGUGCAAACAGUUCGUGAUGCAGUUACCAGACACCAGUAAAAAUGUCUUCCUCUACCUUUGCUUUUUUCUGCAAGAACUUCUCUCACAUUCAAGUGAAAACCAACUUGAUGGAAAAACAUUAGCGACCUUGUUUGGGGCUAUAUUCAUGCGAGAACCUCCUCGAAGUAGAAAUGUCGGCACCUCUCGGUCAAAGUCCAACCAACAAGAGGCCGAUCGCAAGAAGGCUAAUUUUGUUUACCAUUUCCUUGUCAAUGACACUAGUGAACUGGUUAUGGGAUGCUCGUAAAUACUUUUAACCUAAAAAUGUAUGGUACCAGUAUUAACGCAUUUCG